ACCACUCCCAUCCUCUUCAUUCUACACCCCCACCCUUGUCCCUCCUCUUCUUUUCCCUCGUGGAAACCUAAGUAGGGUUCCCUUCUACGUACUUUUAUCUACAAAUGUCCUCUUCCCUGACCUGCACCAGGCUCACGAUCUGGGCUUUUGCGGCCGUCCUGCUUCAGAUCGCGGGCCUCUCUCUCUUCUUGAUCGGAUUCUUCCCCGUGAAACCCACUCUCCCCGGAUUCAGCGGGCCAGAGAGUUACCGGAUGCCGACGAGUGAUCCCGUUUCCGAUGCCGAAGAGGUGGAGGAGUUGCCCCCCGAUCGGCUCAGAUCGCUGUAUAGGGAAGUCUCCAAGAUACCUCCGGUCUAUGAUCGACUAAUUUUGAUGGUUAUUGACGGACUACCUGCCGAGUUUGUGCUGGGAAGAGGUAACAAGCCUCCAACUAAGAAUAUGAUGGAGGCUAUGCCGUAUACCCACUCUUUAUUGUCGAGCGGCAAGGCAGCAGCUUAUCAUGCAAAAGCUGCACCUCCCACUGUUACCAUGCCUAGGCUAAAAGCUAUGGUUUCUGGUGCAAUUGGAGGUUUUCUGGACGUAGCAUUUAAUUUUAAUACUCAGGCCAUGUUAGAGGACAAUCUUCUUGAACAGUUUUAUCGUAUUGGUUGGAAAUUAGUGAUCCAUGGGGAUGAGACAUGGAUUAAAUUGUUUCCAAGAUUAUUUCACAGACAAGAUGGAGUUAGCAGUUUUUAUGUCAAGGACACAGUGGAGGUUGAUUUCAAUGUUUCUCGUCAUCUAGAGGCUGAGUUUGCUUCUACCGACUGGAACUUCCUGAUUCUUCAUUAUCUUGGCUUAGAUCAUGUUGGACAUAUUGGUGGGCGUCAAAGUAUUUUGAUGGCUCCAAAGCUGAAGGAGAUGGACGAUGUUAUCAAGAGGAUUCAUAUGAACAGCAUUUUGGAUCAGGAGAAUUCUGAUAGUCACACACUUUUGGUUGUAGUUAGUGAUCAUGGCAUGACAGAUGGUGGUAAUCAUGGUGGAUCCUCCUAUGAGGAAACCGAUUCCCUAGCUCUCUUUAUAGGCCAUGGUGUUGAGGAAUCAAAUUAUUCUCCCUACGACCAUAAUGAAGCCUUUCAAGUAGACAUUGCUCCAACUUUAGCUCUUCUCUUUGGCGUACCAAUUCCCAAGAACAAUAUAGGAGUCUUGCUCACAAAGCUCUUUGAUUCCUUGACAGAUGAUCAAAGGCUCCGAUCCUUAGAGCUUAAUUCCUGGCAACUACUGAGAUUACUGAAAGCACAUUUACCUGGUUUACAUUGUGGAGAAUCCAGUUGUUACAGUUGUGAAAAAGGUUUGGAAACCAAUGUACCUACUAGCGAAGCUAAACAAAGGCUGUGCUAUUUAUUUUCUAAAGCUAUAUCUGCUCAUAACUCUUGGCAAUUUCGUCAGCAUUCCGACUUCAUAUCUGCCGACAUAAACUACUUCCAGGUUGCUGCUGAAUCUUAUAAUGAUUUUCUAAGAAAUGCGAGCGAGUGGUUGUCUCACAGAGCCACGGAUAAACCUGUAAAUGUACUUAUGUCUGCAAUUAUCAUGAUGCUCGUUUCGUCUGUUCUUCUCAUGGGCAUUGUAUUCUGCUUGUUUAGAAGAGUGCAUUUUGCUCAAGUUGGAUGUUGUUCUCAGCUGGAGGAUCCUUAUAAGAUUUUGCAUUUGGAUGAAGUUUUUGUCUUUAUUGUAAUCUUUCUCCAUGUGCUCAGUCUUGGUGCAAGCUCCUUGGUAGAGGAAGAGCAAUACACAUGGCAUUUUCUGACGUCUACCCUGUAUCUGAUUUUUCUUUCCAGAACAAUCGAGUCUCUACUCAAAAGACCAAACUCAGUGACACUACAGAAUAAAGAUGAUAAGACUGUUCUCCCUCAUUCUUCACCAACAGAUGCACGCAAUAAUUCUGGCCACAAGUUCACCAAAUUCAGGCCAUCCAAAAUCAAUAAUCAUGGCACUUGUCGGUUAUUCUCUGUCGUUGUUGUUCUCAUAUGUGGAAGACUUUUAAGAGGUUGGCACCAAGGUGGUGUCAAUUGGAUUUAUCUCCCUGAUAUUUCCAAGUUACUUGUCCAUGCUGGAACUUCUACUAUAAAAGUUUGUCAGAUUUUAUCGCUGUUUGCGAUUAUAAUCCUUGGUUCACAUGCAAUUUUCAAAUUGAAAUCGACAACAAAUUUUGUUUAUGGAGUAUGGUCGAGCCUACUUCUAUCAGCAUUUCUGGUCAUGCUACAUACCAUGGAGAAUCAUAUCUAUGAUUUGGAGCCAAUGAAUCUCAGCACUACAUCAAUUGCUCAAGUUUUUUAUGUUGUUGCCAGUACUUCAGCAGUUCUAACGUUUUUGGCAUCACCAUGGAUUUUUCCUGUUUAUUCUAUGGAAAAGCAAAUGGUGUACCAAGUUCGCUCUAACUCUUGUUCUACCAAACAACGUGAUUCCUUUUUGCUUAGUAUUCGUGAAACUACUUAUCUGAUUGGAACAACAUAUACUGCUUUCUGGUGUCUUCUACAGCUGCUGAUACAACAACCGAUAAAUGCCAUUCCCAUUUUAUUGAUUUACUUGCAGAUCCUCUUCAGUAUCAUCUAUUUUUCAGCUGACAGAUCAUUCCAUAGGCAGUGGGUUGAGGUUGCUGCCAUAUACUUCUUAGGGCUGGCUGGUCAUUUUGGUCUUGGGAACACUAAUAGCCUUGCUACUAUUGAUGUUGCGGGAGCAUUCAUAGGUAUCUCAAGUCACUCUGCAGUACUUUCUGGCAUAUUGAUGUUUGUUAUUACCUAUGCGUCACCUUCAUUAUCCUAUCUCAGCAUGGUGAUGUACAUAGAUAUGAAGGAUAUUACUUUUAUCUCAUCUACACACGAGUAUGAAUGGAGCAUUUUUCUAGAAAAGAUGAUUGCAUUGCCUUGCUUGCUCCCGUUGCUAUUCAACUCACUUGUGUUGACUUCAUUCACCAUAAUAUUGUUGCUCAUGAGGAAUCAUUUGUUCGUUUGGAGUGUAUUUUCACCCAAGUAUCUGUAUGUUUGUGCUGCAACAGUGUGCGUGUACAUUGGGGUGUUUAUUGUAGCUGCAACGGGACUUUAUACAUACAGUGUUUUUUGCUUUAGAACAAGAAACCCUCAGGAGAAAUGCCCGCAAGUGUUACGAGAUAACGUGAUAUCUCAUUCUCAGACGAAUGUUAUUUCUCAGUAACUAAAGGUGCUAAAUUAGCUAGAGAGCACUUUUUUGUUGUUGUUGUUGUUGUUGUUGCUGCUGCUGCUGUUGUUGUUGCAGUGUUACCUAUUUUUUUGUAGGCACACAUCAUUAGCGCAUUCGAGAAUUCAACAUAUCCUGUUCAAGAAAUGUUGGCAUUCCUCUGACAACUUUUCCUCAGGUAGUCAAAUGAUCAUUUUGGGUUUUUGUGUGUAGUGGGUUGGCGGUAGAGGGGAAUAUUCAAGUAGUUGGAGAACUCUGUUAAAUGAGAUCCAAAUUGUAAGGCCAUGGGCUGUUUGCUAGAAUUAGUAUGAUGAAGUUGUAAUAUGUAGAGGAUGAUCUAAGGUGCUCUGCUGCAUUUGGUCUGCUGACGGCGUUAUCUUGGUAGGGCAUAUCUUUUUUAAAAAGAAAAAAAAGGGCAAAGAAAAUUCAGAAAACUUUUACUGGCUUAAGACGUUGUAUUAUCCGUUUGUGCAUUGACAUGAACCGCUAAACGUAAUUAGGUGUUCGGGAUGCUCAAUUUAGAUGCUUUCAGAUUCAAAUAUAAAACUCUUUUACUGUGUGACAAA